UAGACAAUAUUCUUGAAUAGAAUCAUUUCAUUACCCGACAAAAACACCAAGUGACCAAACCACCAUCUAUACAAAAAACAGCAUCUAAUUUCUUCUAAUAAUAUAUAUAUAUAAAUAAAUAUAUAUUAUUUAUGAUCUAAUUUCAAAACCCCAUUUCUUCAACUCACUUCUUCUUCUUCAUUUUCUAAGAAAAAAUUGUUGUUUCAGAGAGAUAUGAUAGAAUUAAUUAUGGGUAUGGAAGGUGAGAGCAUGGCUGCCACGUGUACGGUGGUGGCUAUGGUGGUCGGAGGGCUUGUUUUGGGCUACUUAUAUGGGCCUUACUGGGCCGUGAGAAGAGUGCCAGGCCCAACAGCUAUUCCAUUAGUUGGUCAUCUUCCUCUUAUGGCUAAGUAUGGUCCUAAUGUUUUCUCUGUUCUUGCCAAACAAUAUGGCCCUAUUUUCAGGUUCCAUAUGGGAAGACAACCAUUAAUAAUAGUGGGAGAUGCAGAGCUUUGUAGAGAAGUUGGAAUUAAAAAAUUCAAAGACAUUCCAAAUAGAAGCAUUCCUUCUCCUAUUGCAGCCUCUCCUUUGCACCAAAAGGGUCUCUUUUUCACAAGAGAUACAAGAUGGUCAACAAUGCGAAACACAAUCUUAUCAGUGUACCAACCAUCUCACCUCGCCGGCCUCAUCCCCACUAUGCAGGACUUCAUCAACUCUGCCACCCAAACCCUCGACCAACCUGAUGGCACAGGAGAAGACCAAGACAUUAUCUUCUCCAAACUCUCUCUCGGCCUAGCCACUGACAUAAUUGGCCAAGCCGCCUUCGGAGUCAAUUUCAACCUCUCUAAUCCAAAACCCACAUCCGAUGGCGACACAGAAGUUUAUGAUUUCAUAAAUCAACACAUCUACUCAACUACCCAACUUAAGAUGGACUUGUCUGGCUCAUUUUCGAUAAUCUUAGGCCUUCUGAUACCGAUUCUCCAAGAACCAUUUCGCCAGAUCCUCAAAAGGGUUCCUGGAACGAUGGAUUGGAAGGUCGAUCGUACCAAUCGAAAUAUUGCUAGUAGGCUCAAUGAUAUUGUGGGUAAGAGAAUGCGGGAGAAAGAAAGAGGAUCGAAGGAUUUUCUUUCAGUGAUUUUGAAUUCGAGAGAUUCAGAUUCCGUUUCGAAGAAUGUUUUCAGUCCUGACUAUAUCAGUGCCGUCACAUAUGAGCACUUGCUUGCUGGGUCCGCAACAACAUCGUUUACAUUGUCAUCAACUGUUUAUUUGGUGGCCGGUCACCCUGAGGUGGAGCGAAAGUUGGUGGAGGAAAUUGAUGGGUUUGGACCAUCUGAUCUGAUUCCGACAGCUCAUGAUCUGCAAACUCGAUUCCCUUAUCUUGAUCAGGUGAUUAAGGAGUCGAUGAGGUUUUACAUGGUUUCUCCAUUAAUUGCAAGAGAGACUUCAAAACAAGUUGAGAUUGGAGGGUACACUCUCCCUAAGGGAACAUGGGUUUGGUUAGCACCCGGAGUUUUGUCAAAAGACCCUAAGAACUUCCCCGAGCCGGAGAAGUUCAAGCCAGAAAGAUUCGAUCCGAAUGGAGAGGAAGAGAAAGGAAGGCACCCUUAUGCCUUUAUACCAUUUGGAAUAGGGCCUCGUUCAUGCAUUGGCCAAAAAUUCUCAAUCCAAGAAAUAAAGCUCACAAUUAUUCAUUUGUAUCGAAAGUAUUUGUUUAGACACUCUCCCAAUAUGGAAACCCCUCUAGAGCUUGAGUUUGGCAUUGUUCUAAACUUCAAGCAUGGUGUCAAGCUUAGAGUCAUUAAGAGAAAUUAAGAGACAUGUCUCUCUAAUUCUAAGCAUGUAAUCAAUCAUAUAAUGCUAUAAAUAAAAAUCAAAUUUUUGAAUAG